CACAAUUUAAUAUAAUUUAAUUAUGAGCACAAAAAAGACCUAGAAGGUUAUUGGCAAAACUUAAAAGAUUGUUGAGAAAUAAAGUCAAGAAUCCUCAAAUAAAGAAUAAAAAAUAAAAAGCAAAGUCAACAGAUUAGAGUAAUAACCACAAGAAAGACAACAUGGAAUUAUUUAUGUUGGACAUUUACCUUAUGGUUUUGUCGAAGAGGGAUUGAAGGAAUACUUUACCUAAUUUGGAGACGUGCUUGGAGUCAAAUUAUUUAGAAGCAAAAAAGUAAUUCCUCAAAUUUACAUUCUUUUUAGACCAAUAGAGUCUAAGGUUAUGGAUUCGUUAAAUUCGCUGAUAAAGAAGUAGCACCCAUCGCAGCACAAGCCAUGAACGGCUAUCUAAUGAACGGAAAGAAGCUAGUUGUCAAUGUAUUAAGUGACCAACAUCCUGACCCUUUCAAAUACAAACACGGCAACCAGAAACUGUUCUUUAUCAAUUGGUCUGAAAAGGCUGUUGAAGAUUCAAAUAAAGUACCAUCUAUUUUUAUCAGUAGGAAAAAUCAAAUGAGUAAAUAGUCAAAGAAGUCUAGAGGUUGCUGGCUAAUGAAGAGGAGAAGAGACAAAAACUUAAAGAAUUAGGAAUCAAUUACACCUUCCCAGGAUUUGUAUCUAUAUAUCCUUAUUAUCAUUAUAGAAAGAAUAACUCAAAGCUUGAAUUGAUUAAUGAC